AUGAAUGACUUAGCAUCAUUAACCACCAACACCUUCAACAUUGACAUCAACGUAUACAAAUCAAUGACCUGUCUUUCAAUGAAAGAAUCAUUCAACUCACCGAUCACCAAAGAUAUGUUACCAUCAUCACUCUUGGCAUUGGACUUGGGUGGUUCAUUCAAUCAGCCCAUCAUUCCAGGAGUGACACUUCCAGACUCAAUCACCAAGUUGUCAUUUGGCCCAGUUGACAAGUACCCAUCAUGGUCCAGCACGAACAUGACAAUGUUUAAUCAACCGCUUCUCGUUGGAUCGCUUCCUUCAUCACUCAUCGAUCUUAGUCUAAGUUACCUUUUCAACCAGGAGGUGCUGCCCGGUGUCCUCCCCAAGUCACUCAUCAAACUUCGGUUUGGAGGUGUAUUCUCAAGAGUGCUCACUGCUGACUCGCUGCCCAGCGACCUUAGAGAGUUGGUUGUCAGUCGCUCAUACUCCCAUCCCAUUCCACCACUACCAUCUCUGAGGAGUCUGACAAUAUCGUCGGACAACCAGCUUGAUACAACUUCGCUGCCAUUGAUUGACACCCUUAUCCUAUUUGAGGCAGGUCCUCCUCUCCCUUUGCCACAAUCACUCACACAUCUCGUGAUGCCCUACUUUGGUGCAAGUUUAAACUAUCCUCCACUGCCAGAAUCAUUGACCAAGUGGGAGCUACCUCAGACCGAUGGAACAUUCCCCUCGGUAAUACCACCCAGCCUGACAAGACCCUGUCCAUCACGAGGGCAGGACAUAUUGGCGUUGGCGCGCUACCCCAAUCUCUCACCAAGCUGA